AUUCCCUUAACUGUGGGCUCCACUAAAAUGCUUUCUUACUUCAAGAGGGAAAAAUAUCAGGGCACAGUCACAAUCAAAAGCAAAAUCAAACUUCAACCUUCCAAUGUCUGGGAUUCACUCAUGAUCUUCAGGGCUCCUCCAAGGGCUUGGGUCGCCUCUCCAGCCCUGCCCUUUGUAGCACUGCCCUUGUCUUCUAGGCUCCAGCUGCCUGUAUUCCACUGCUGCUGCUGUUCUUGGUGGUCAUCUCAUGGUACUGGCAUCUCCAAAACACUGCUGUCUUCCACUGUAACUAGGCUUCACCAACAGCCUCUCAUAGGCUCUCUUCAUGGUGACAAGCCUCAACUCCUUUGCAAGACCCCUUCAGUCCUGGGCCAUCAUCAAUUGCAACUGAGGUAGCACCUUCACCAAUGGCCUUCCACAGUCUCUCAUAGUGCCAAGCCUCAGCUGCUCUUCAUGACCCCUUCAUGUCUUCAAAUCCAGCACCACCUGGGUGACUCUCACACAUUACCAAGUCCAGCCACAGCACGAGCUUCAAAAACACUACACAGCAAAAUAAUGAUCUGCUAGACUGCUAACCCGAGCAUCAGCUUCCACAAUGCCUGUGCAGGCAGCUCAGUGGACAGAGUUUCUGUCCUGUCCAAUCUGCUACAAUGAAUUUGAUGAGAAUGUGCACAAACCCAUCAGUUUAGGUUGUUCACACACUGUUUGCAAGACCUGCUUGAAUAAACUUCACCGAAAAGCGUGUCCUUUUGACCAGACUGCCAUAAACACAGACAUUGAUGUGCUCCCUGUCAACUUUGCACUUCUUCAGUUAGUUGGAGCCCAGGUACCAGAUCAUCAAUCAAUAAAGUUAAGUAAUCUAGGUGAGAAUAAACACUAUGAAGUGGCAAAAAAAUGUGUAGAGGAUUUGGCACUCUACUUAAAACCACUUAGUGGAGGUAAAGGUGUAGCUAGUUUGAACCAGAGUGCCCUGAGCCGUCCAAUGCAAAGGAAACUAGUUACACUUGUAAACUGUCAACUGGUGGAGGAAGAAGGUCGUGUCAGAGCUAUGCGAGCGGCCCGUUCACUAGGAGAAAGAACUGUGACAGAACUGAUACUACAGCACCAGAAUCCUCAGCAGCUGUCUGCCAACCUGUGGGCUGCUGUCAGGGCUCGAGGAUGCCAGUUUCUAGGGCCAGCUAUGCAAGAAGAAGCCUUGAAGUUGGUAUUGCUGGCAUUAGAAGAUGGUUCUGCUCUCUCCAGGAAAGUUCUGGUACUUUUUGUUGUGCAAAGACUAGAACCAAGAUUUCCUCAGGCAUCAAAAACAAGUAUUGGCCAUGUUGUGCAGCUAUUGUACCGAGCUUCUUGUUUUAAGGUUACUAAACGGGAUGAAGACUCUUCCCUGAUGCAGCUGAAAGAGGAAUUUCGGAGUUAUGAGGCACUACGCAGAGAACACGAUGCCCAGAUUGUUCAUAUUGCCAUGGAAGCAGGACUCCGUAUUUCACCUGAGCAGUGGUCUUCACUGCUGUAUGGGGACUUGGCUCAUAAAUCACACAUGCAGUCUAUCAUUGAUAAGCUACAGUCUCCAGAAUCAUUUGCAAAGAGUGUCCAGGAAUUGACAAUUGUUUUGCAACGAACAGGUGACCCUGCUAAUUUAAAUAGACUGAGACCUCAUUUGGAGCUUCUCGCAAACAUAGACCCUAAUCCAGAUGCUGUUUCACCAACUUGGGAGCAACUGGAAAAUGCAAUGGUAGCUGUUAAAACAGUUGUUCAUGGUCUUGUGGACUUCAUCCAAAAUUAUAGUAGAAAAGGCCAUGAGACACCUCAGCCGCAGCCAAACAGCAAGUAUAAAACUAGUAUGUGCCGAGAUUUACGACAACAAGGGGGUUGCCCACGAGGAACAAAUUGUACAUUUGCCCAUUCUCAGGAAGAGCUUGAAAAGUACCGAUUACGGAACAAAAAGAUGAGCGCGACUGUAAGAACAUUUCCUCUUCUGAAUAAAGUUGGUGUAAACAGCACUGUCACAACCACAGCCGGAAAUGUCAUUUCUGUCAUAGGAAGUACUGAAACAACUGGGAACAUUGUUCCAAGUACAAAUGGAAUUUCAAAUACAGAAAGCAGUGUUUCCCAGCUAGUCUCACGAAGCACUGACAAUGCAGCAAGGACUUUGGAGACUGUGAAGAAAGUUGGAAAGGUUGGCACUAACGGUCAGAAUGCUGGGCCCUCUGCAGAGUCUGUGUCUGAAAAUAAAAUUGGUUCUCCACCCAAGACUCCUGUAAGUAAUACAGCAGCUACCUCCGCUGGGCCCUCUAAUUUUGGAACAGAGCUGAAUUCUCUGCCUCCCAAAUCCAGCCCAUUUCUAACUAGAGUUCCAGUAUAUCCUCAGCAUUCUGAAAACAUUCAGUAUUUUCAAGAUCCAAGGACUCAGAUACCUUUUGAAGUCCCACAAUACCCACAAACAGGAUACUACCCACCACCUCCAACAGUACCACCUGGUGUGACUCCCUGUGUUCCUCGCUUUGUGAGGUCCAAUAAUGUUCCAGAGUCCUCCCUCCCACCUGCUUCCAUGCCAUAUGCUGAUCAUUACAGUACGUUCUCCCCUCGAGAUCGCAUGAAUUCUUCUCCUUACCAACCACCUCCUCCGCAGCAGUAUGGACCAGUUCCUCCAGUACCCUCUGGAAUGUAUGCUCCUGUGUAUGACAGUAGGCGCAUCUGGCGCCCAGCUAUGUAUCAACGAGAUGACAUUAUUAGAAGCAAUUCUUUACCUCCAAUGGAUGUGAUGCAUUCAUCUGUCUAUCAGACAUCUUUACGGGAAAGAUACAACUCAUUAGAUGGAUAUUAUUCGGUGGCUUGUCAGCCACCAAAUGACCCAAGGACAACUGUGCCUUUACCAAGGGAACCUUGUGGUCAUUUGAAGACUAGUUGUGAGGAACAGUUAAGAAGAAAGCCAGAUCAAUGGGCACAGUAUCAUACCCAGAAAACGCCUGUCUCUUCAACUCUUCCUGUAGCAACACAGUCACCAACACCACCUUCUCCUCUAUUCAGUGUAGACUUCCGAUCAGAUUUCUCUGAGAGUGUGAGUGGCACAAAAUUUGAGGAAGACCAUCUUUCCCAUUAUUCUCCCUGGUCUUGUGGCACCAUAGGCUCUUGUAUAAAUGCCAUUGAUUCAGAGCCCAAAGAUGUAAUUGCUAAUUCAAAUGCUGUGCUGAUGGACCUGGACAGUGGGGAUGUAAAGAGAAGAGUGCAUUUAUUUGAAGCUCAGAGAAGGACAAAAGAAGAAGACCCAAUUAUUCCCUUUAGUGAUGGACCCAUUAUUUCAAAAUGGGGUGCAAUUUCCCGGUCCUCCCGAACAGGUUACCAUACAACAGAUCCCGUCCAGGCAACUGCUUCCCAAGGAAGUGCAACUAAGCCCAUCAGUGUAUCAGAUUAUGUUCCUUAUGUCAAUGCUGUCGAUUCAAGGUGGAGUUCAUAUGGUAAUGAUGCCACAUCAUCUGCACACUAUGUUGAACGGGACAGAUUCAUUAUUACUGAUUUAUCUGGUCAUAGAAAGCACUCCAGCACCGGAGACCUUUUGAGCAUUGAGCUUCAGCAGGCCAAGAGUAAUUCAUUACUUCUUCAGAGGGAAGCUAAUGCUCUGGCCAUGCAACAAAAGUGGAAUUCCCUGGAUGAAGGCCGUCACCUUACUUUAAAUCUUCUAAGCAAGGAAAUUGAACUGAGAAAUGGAGAGAAUGAUUACACAGAAGACAAUGUAGAUACAAAGCAUGAUAGGGAUAUUGAGUUAGAGCUUUCAGCCCUUGAUACUGAUGAACCUGAUGGCCAGAGUGAACAAAUUGAAGAAAUUUUGGACAUACAACUUGGUAUCAGUUCUCAAAAUGAUCAGUUGCUCAAUGGAACAGCAGUGGAAAAUGGUCAUCCAGUCCAGCAGCACCAGAAGGACCCAGGAAAGCAGAAGAGACAGAGUUUAGGUGAAGACCAUGUGAUUCUGGAGGAGCAAAAGCCAAUUUUGCCGGUAACAUCUUGCUUUAGCCAGCCACGCCCAGUGUCUAUUAGCAGUGCAAGCUGCCUCCCCAUCACCACAUCUGUCAGUGUUGGCAACCUCAUUCUGAAAACUCACGUUAUGUCUGAAGAUAAAAACGACUUUUUAAAACCUAUUGCAAAUGGGAAGAUGGUUAACAGCUGAAAAGAGUCUCUGCUUUCAAAUCUGUGACCACACCAUGGAAGCAUUUACACUAGCUUUUUAUAUAUAUAAUAUAUAUUAUAUAAUGUAUAUUUUUUUUAAAAAAAAGAUAUUACUGGGGGCAUCCAUUUCCUGUGGACUCUUUGAUACUUCAAGCCCUCUUGCAUUAGCAUUAUGAAAAAAAAAGAAAAUUUACUUUACUAGGGUAAUGUUCACUUUCCAGAAAUUAUUGGAAUUUGGACAACAUUUAACUUAAGCUUCAAGCAGCUUUUUAUGAGUUUGUAGCAAUCCGGUGCAGUAACUGAGCCAUUUCCUAUUUUAAAUGGCUUCUACAGUAAAUUAACAACUCAGUUAUUAAACUAGCAGGAUCCUACAAUGAUACAUCUAGUGAAAGUAGAGUUAAUUAACUAACUUAUUUCUAUUUUAUGUUUCACUGAGAGAAAUUUCCAUCUCAUUCCAGCUGCUUUAUUUAUCUUUUUCAUUGGACUUUGCAUGGAUUUUUCUUUUAUUCUUUUCUUUUCUUUCUUUUUUUCUUUCUUUUUUUUUUUUUUUUUUGUUUUUUUUUUGGUUUUUUUUGUUGUUGAGAGUGGAGUUAGAUGUUCUUACCAUAGAGUUUUACAGGGUUAUAUUAUAGCUUUCUUUACUGCAUUAUAUGUAGAAGUGUGGUGCAGUGCUUUUAUCUGUAGCAUUUAAUUUUUUAAUUUUCCAUUUUUCAAGAAUAGUUUCUGCUUUGUUAAUAUUUAUACACAGGCUACUUGUUGAAGUAAUUAAUUAAAAAUAUAACCAAGUGCCUAAGUCUUUCAGCUGAUGUACUAGAUAUUAAAUUCUCCUAAGUUAUGCAGAAUCGUUUUUACAAUUUUGAUAAAUUAUGCACUAAUGUAAUGGCAAUUUUUUAAAAUGCAGAUUUAAGCCUGUACAUUAUUGAAUCUGAUGACUUGGCAAAAGAAUCAGGUGCUUUCAGCUUUCUUGAGAAAACCCUGUAUGUAGCGUUUGCACUGACUAACAAGAUGGUAUUGCUGGGUCUUUAAUUUAAAGAAAUUAAUUUGGGUGUUCAUUGCAUUAUUUAGUUAGAUAUUGUUUAUUGUUACUUCAUGUUGGGUUUAAUUUUUCUUGUUUUCUGACUGUUAGGUUAAUAAGACUUUGAACCAUGUAGUAGUAGAACAUUGGCUAACAUUACCCAUACUUAAAAACAUGAAUAAUUUAUGCCCUGCCAUAAUGUGACUGAAAUUUUCACUUGGCAUCUGAAAGUAUUCAGUAUGUUCAACCAGCCCUUCCCCAGACCUGUGGGUGGUAGUUUAUUGGAACUUAAAUUUCAGUCAAUAUUUGAAAACAAAAGCUGGGCAUUCCUUUCUGGUAGUAAUCUAAUAGUUUGUCUUUUUGUUUUUCCUCCAUUUCUUUAAGAUUAGUUUGACUUUUAUUAUUUUUUAAUUAACUUCUGUGAAGUUGUUUACUCUGAAAAUUGUACUGGAAUAUUUUAAGCCAAGCUGAUCUUUCACCAGGUGUACUGUAUGUAAGGGCUUCUCCUGCUAGCAAGAUGCUUAAACAGGAUCAUGUUAUUGGUCGUCUGAGCUAUUUAGUUAUUUUACAAAAACCACAGCAUUGUAUCAGAGAAGAUUUUGAUAAAAGUUUUGUGCACAUUUCCAGGGGUGGGAGGGUUAACAUUUCCCUGAAAUUUCUUGAUUGGAAUGAGUAAAUACUCGUGUUUGAUACCUGUCUUAAUGAACAUGCUCAUAAGGUGACUGAUACGUUGUAAAUAAUACCUGAGAAACAAAGGGGUAGUUUUGAUAUUCUGGUGUCAGUAUGGAAGAUCUUACACAUUUAUUUAAUACUCAAGUGUAUGAAGAUGUUUGUUUAUAACAUACCAGCACAGCAGCCUUGAUUUCGUUUCCUUUGGUUAGUACUGUACCUUUUUGCCAUGGCCAGUGCUCCCCAUCCCUACAAAGACAUUUUAUUUAUUUUACUCUGUAACCUAAAAUGAAGAGGAACAAGAGUUUUAAACCAUGUUACAUUAACUUAUUUCUGACAUAAAUUAGCCUAGGAUAUUACAGGAACAUGAUUGUUAUAUAAUUUAUAUCAGAACCUUUCUAUAAAUAUGAGCUUAUUACAUUUGAAAUGCUUCCAAUGUACUUUUUUUCUUUCUUUUCUUUUUUUCUGUUUGUAAUUCCAAAAAGGUUAUAUAAACCAGUCUGUCUAUUUCAUGGAUAUUUAAUAGUGAGAUCUUCCAUGUUGAAGGUAAUGUAUUUUUUUUUAAGAUUUUAAAAUUGCUAUUUUGUUACAAAAUAGAGACCUAUUAACAGUUGAGAGCUCCUUAUGUGCCCUCAGGGAAAGAACCCUCUGUGCAACAGAACUACACGAACAUCUUCAGCACUUUCUGAGGGUGAUUAUAUACUACAUAAAUUGAUCUUGUGUAUUUAACCUUAUCUUUUUAAUUUUAAAGUUGAAAUUUUGAAACAUGGUUGUGCUCUGCUGGAGGGGUUGGGAUGCUUAGGUGUUUGCCUACUUGUUCAGUAAACUGCAUUUCAUCAGUGUAUGUGUACACCUGCCAACCUUAUUGGUGUGUCUUGAACAUUUAUAGGAAAAUAGUGCUUGUCUUGCAGCAGAUGAUCCCAUAAACCAAUAACUUCUUAUUCUUAAAUGUUUACUCUUUCUCACUAACAACAUAGGAAUUGUUUUUGUGUUCCCAUUAUCCUGUAUUGCAUCUUUUAUGUGGUGACAACCUACUGACUGUUUUAGUGGGUUUAAUUUGAAAUAAGGCUGUUGGAUCUCUGCCACUUAAGAAGAAAGAACAGUUCAUCUGACCUUUCUUCAAAAUGGUACCUGCUGAUGUCACAGAGGAAAAUAGUACAAACAGACUUAGAAUGUGGGUUUUUUUCUAAAUUGGGGCAAUUAUCACUUUGACCCUUUAUCAAGAUGACAUGAUGAACACAUUUGGGAUCAGAGGCUACAGCGCAAUAGAAGAGAAACUUUGUAAUGUUGGUAUCUAAACUGCUUGUAUUGCCUAUGUAUGGGUCUAAUCAGGAAAAAAUAGUAUGAAGUCUGAAAAGCAGGGAAAUGGUGUAGGUUUCCUUAUUUUUUUCCCUGCUAGUUUUCUGAGUCCCAAUUCCUAGUCUAUGUGCCGCAUUCAGAUGCUGUGAAUAUAAUAUCAUUAGUUUUGUGUGGGCUCCUUUCAUUUUAUGAAUUCUAAGAGUUCUGUGUAUAUUUCUUCUAGAUGGUACCUACACAAAUUAGAUUUCUCUUGCCUUUGCCACUAAGACUUAUUUCAGGGCCAUGCAAUGAGUCAGUUAUGUAGGGACAGUUGUACAUUGUAAUUUUCAAGAAAAGGUAGCUCUUAAGGCCAGUGGCACUGAUCCUCGGCUUUCAUAGCUACUUUAUAAGAGAAUUCAAUGAAGCUCCAUUAAAAAGCUAAAAUUUCCCAUUGGUAUGGAUCCUAGUCACUUUGACCCAGAUUCUAAGUUGAUGCUAAGUUAACAAAGCACACCCCGAUUUUAUAUACAGAAGAUUAGAGAAUGCAAUGAUUUGUAGGACUUUGAGUGGGAUCAUUUAACUAUUUGAAAAAAUUGUUUAAAAGCCAACUCCCCUACUUUUUCAUUUUAGAUGUGAUAAAGCCCAUGUUGUCUUUUUAGCCAGGGAUAGAACUUGUAACAGUCGGACUCGGUAUGUAAUGUCAGCUCUGAAUCUGAGUAUUUCUUCCCUUGCAUCUUUGAGUCCUUUUCUAAGCAGACUGUCACCAAUACUGGUAACUAGUCAUUAAAGAGAAAAGUUGCAUUGCAGCUAUUUAUUAGUGUCUUAGAACUGUUCUGUGUUUCAGUGAAUGAAGAGUACCAAUGGGAUCAUUUACUGUACCUCCUUCUACUGAAGGGCCCCUUCUGCAAGCAGACACAAAUGAACAUGCUCAAGGAGUAUCCCGUUUUCUAGAGAUUAAGUUUGCUAGUAACUCCUUUACACUAGCCAUUUCUUUGUAUCCCUUUGCUGGCAAGGGAGUACAAGGAGUCAAACCACAGAUCAGAACACCCCACAUUUGUGUGGAGACUUAUUUUUACUCUAAGGGGAGUUAUUCCCCCAAGUCUGAAACUGGCAAUUUUUUUUUUUCUCUUACAUAAAAAUUUAAAACUAUCCCCCAAACCAGUGGAAAACAGACACUGGCUGCACUUAGUACUGCCAAGAGCCAAGGUCAUUUGCACAUAUUCCACCAACCUGUCACGAAUUAGGCCUCACUUUAUAACCCAAGGCAUGGAAGUGCAUGCAUUCUCUUAGCUGGGCAAACAAUUAUACUGUAGUUGUGAUACAACACACGUGGCUUUUAUUUGUACUGCACAUACCCACUGUACAGCCACUUGGGAGUAUCGUGGUUAGCUUGCAGCAACUGCCGUCUGCAUUUAUACUGUUUAUUGCAUAUUCUUUUCCCUGGAAGUGAAAGAGAAAUGUUUUUCUUGUUGCAUUGAUUACAUUUUAUAAAUUUGCUUAGCUGGAAAGUUUGGGAAAAGAGGCCUGUUUGUCAAUUGUACAACCGAUUGUGAAGCUUAGUGUGAAUAUUUUUACGUCUGUAUUAGACAUUUUCUUUGCAAAUCUAUUGUUCGAUUGAAAUGUAAAUGAAAUUAAAGAUGGUGUACACCCAUCAUGUAAAAAGCAGGCACCAUCUCUAAGAUGGAUUUAAUGCUCAUUUUUAAGGCAUAUACUCAGCUUCUAUUUAAAACUAUAAAAUAAUUCUGUACAAUGAAAUGGGGAAUAUAUAUGGGAAUAAAUUCUAUUCCAUUUAUUUCAAUUUGAAUUUCCAAAUUGUAAUGUUUCCCUUUGUGCUAUAGGAAUAGGAUUAAAUGGGGGGAAGGCUAGGACUUAUAAGGCCUGUAUAUGGGGGGAGGGCAGAGAUGGAACAAUGAGGGUUGUGAUGAUAGUGAAUAGCAAAGAGUGAAUUCUGUGUGUUUUUGCUGUAGCACUGAAGUGAAGAGAUAUUAGCUUUGGCUGUUCACAAAAUAGAGCAUCAUGAUUUUCAGUGUUUGAGAGAAAAUUGAUGGAAAGUUUGCAGUACUUGACAUGUAUUUGCAUGCACAAAAUAAAAUUAUUUGUCCACCUUAAAAGUUGUUUGCUUAGUGUCAAUGUUAAGUUUAUGGUAUGUUUUAGUUGUCUUGAUUUUUCUUGAUAUAUCUUAAUAAAGCUGGAAAGACUCUUCUUAAGUAGGGACUUAAUUGAUCACCUACUUCAUUGGUAUAUCAUUGGGAAGUAAAUAGACCCAAAGAAGUUGAAAUAUUUCUUAAUUCUGUCUGACAUUACAUUCAAUAAAGAGCACUUUCUAAAUGGGAUGUGGUGUAAAAUAGAUAAUACUGAACUUAGAAUCUUUGGGACAGAUAGGAGAGAGGCACAAAUAGGACAAAGUCAUUCUGUAGGCUUCAGAAUCUUUUUUUAAACAUGGCCUAAAUCUCAGCACCAUUUUUAUUGACCCCAGAGUACCUUUAUUUAUUCACCCAGCUUAUGUGUUCUAAGCCCCCAUCUGUGCUGGCCUUUAAGUCUAGGUUAAUGAAAUGAGCUCUUUCCCUGGAUGCUCAUAGUGUGGAAAUAGGAAAGACCAUGUAGAAUAGCUCUGAGAGCUACAUACAAAGGGGCCAGUUGUACUUAUGUUGAGCAAGAGGAGGUGCUUCUGGGAGACAACCUCUGGUUAGACUUUAAAUCCUGCAUGACCUUUUUACCAGUAGUAGACUACCUUCAUGACCCACUUGAUCUUUACACCUAUUUUGUAUUUUAAUUGUUUUAUAUUUGAGAUGUCAUAUAAUUUGCCAAAAUCUUAUAAUCAAAAAGUAAUAGAGUCAGAGUUCUGCUGUCUUUCUCUCUCUCAAAAAGGUAAUGGUGAUAGUAGUUGGAUCCAUUUUCACUUAAGUAGAAAGUGUGAUUAAGAGAUGGGGCUUCAUUGACUAAUAAUAUAAACGGCCAAUUCACAGGGUUCUACGUGUUAUAUUGUAGAUCAUUGUCACCAUUUCCAGACAGGAAAAGAGAUAAAUUUGCCCAAGUUCAUACUGCUAGAAGAGGUAGGUGGACAUUGAAUACCAUGGAAGUUAUAUGUGCUGAAUGAUUUAAGACUUUAGAAAGGAUACUUUUGCAGUGAUGUAAAAGAUGUAGCUGGAGAUAGACCAGCAAGGAGGCCAGGUCAACUCUGUAGGUAAGAAGUGUUGACUACAUGAGCAGCUGGGGAGGAAGAGAUGAGCCUCAAGACUGGGGAUGGAGGAGAACAAGCGACAGAUUUGCUGUGCAAAUAAAAUUAGACAUCUUUACAUUAUUAGGGAGUAAAAUUUGCUUAAAGAUUACAAACUAAAGACAGACAUAAUUGUUACAUGCAGUCUUGAAUGAGCCACAGAGUGACUUCAGAGUAUAGGAAGACGGAAGAAAAGCCAUGAACAAGUGACCCAGGCAGAGGAUAGGAGUUAUUACAAGGGUAGGGUUUCAAUGUAGCUCAGGUUGGCCUUGAACUUACAGUUUCCUGAGUGCUGAGGUCAUAGGUUUAUACCCUUGCACCAAGCAAGGAAAGGAAGUGUCAUGAAGGAAAUGAAAUUUCUGGAAGAUUUAUGGUUAAUACCUGUUGAAAUAACUAUAUGCUUAACAGGACAGUGGUGAUACACACCUUUAGUCCCAGCACGUGGGAAGCAGAGACAGGUGGAUAUCUGAGUUAGAGGCCAGCCUGGUCUACAAGGACAGCCAGAGCUGUGAGUUCCAGGACAGCUUCCCAGAGAAAUUCUGUCAAUGAUCAAAUAAAAUUAUAUGCUUAACAGUAACUCAGAUGCUCAUAUGACCAGUACUUUCUUCAGGUCUAUUCUCAAAACCCAACGUCAGUGAGGAUCAGAUGGAAAGUAAGGAAAGGUGUAGUUUAAAAUAGAUACCUAAGUCCAAGAGAACGGAGAUCAAUAGAGUAUUUUUUUAACUCUAUUUUUAGAUAGUUACAGAUUCAGAGGAAGUAACAGAAAGUACAGACAUUACCAUGUACCCUUUACAUAGUUUGCCCCCUGGUAGUAUCUUACAUAACAAGUACAAUAUCAGAACCAGAAAACUGAUAUAUGCAAUUCAUAGGCCUUAUUUACACCUCCUCAGUUUUUGUAUGUAUUCACCUUGUAUGCCUACGCAAGCAGUGGCGUGUAUAGGUGUUUUUUGUGCAAUUUUCUCAAGUGUAAGUUUGUGGAAAGGCCAUUGCUAAGAUAACAGAGCUGUUUUUUCUCAUUCAUUCUUUUAGCCCUUUAGAUUCACAUUGUUUUUCUUCCCAUACUUUAAACCCUGUUCUCCAUCUUUGUAAUUUUGUCAUGGUGACAAUGUUAUAUAAUAAAUGAAAUUAUACCAUA